AACAUUUUAUUGUUUUGUUGCCGUAGCGACCAGCUAAGAUGGCCGCCCAGCUACAGGGCAAGGGAGUUCCAGCCACACGCUCUGGAUACAUCGGCCCAGUAAAUAGUUUUACAUCUCAACCAACGACAGAGGAAAUGUUGAGAGCUGUGUACCGCAUUGAGCAAUGGUGGAUCAGGAUGCGAGGGAGGAGGAUAUUCCGGCUCCUCAAGGAGGCAGUGUGUGCUGCUGAGCACUCUCUGACUUAUGAGGUGCUGCGUAAACUAAGUCCAUUAGAGGCAGAGCUGCUCAAAGAUCCUGCCAUCAGAGCCAGAAUCAAGUUCAGAUUUAGUGGACCUGAAUUUCCUCCUUUUAUUUUGUUCAAGAUAUUCACGUCCACUCAGAGUGCUGGCCAGGGGGCUGGGGGAGUCUGUUACCUCAGUGGCAGGAAAAUGAUUAAACCAGCAUCUGAGGCAGCUGAGGAUGCACGUCGACAGAUGGGCAAUCGUGUGUUCUAUGAUCAAAUGUAUCGUGAUGCUUGUCACCACGAGGUGUUGGGAGUCACUGAUGAAGUGGAUGUCUCCACCAUGAAGGAGUACAUGCAGUAUGUGUCCAACAUGGAUGAGACUCCUGCUGACCUUGGGGGCAAGGACAACAGCUGGCGUAGACUGAGUCUGGCUGCCUUACCUCGACACAGUGCACUAGCAAACCUCGUGUCAUUCCUAGAGGAGCGUGGGAGAGGGAGAGAGUCACUGAGACUACUCACUGCCAGCCUCACACAACAUCACUCUCAGAGGGAACAAGUGGCCAGCAUCAAAACUGUCUCCUCUCACAGCAAUCGCAAGACGACUGCCACUCCAUGCAGUAGCAAGGACGGGGGUCGAAGGUCACGUCAGGCUAAGCAGAGGGCGGACAAGAUGCGAAAAUUAUACACUUCUGGAGAUGUGGAGGCAGAAAAAGAGGAAGCAGAAGAUGAUGACUGGGACCUAGAAGCAGAUGACUUGUACCAAUGGACACAAGAACUUUCAUUUGAAGAUAUCACAUGAUAUAAUACGCAACUAACAAUCAUAAUUAUUAUCGUUUUUAUCCUCCUUGACUAUUCUGUUGUUUUUGAUGUGUAAUAAUUAUACAUAAGACAUAAGACAUAAGACAUAAGAGAA